UAUUAGUUGUCGGUAAUGUCAUCGUUCUUCAAUCUCCAGGCCCUCGGGGCCCUAUUGAUAUGUCACGAAAAUGCCCAAAGUAUCAAUCAUAUUUAAACUUUUUCUCUAGGGCGGAAAAGUGGAAAUUUUUUGUAUGAUGUGUGUGUAAUUGUAUAUGUACAUAAUACAUAAAAAAUUUCAUUUUUCAAGUUUCCGCUCUAAAGUAAAAGUUAGAUCGAUACCCAGGGCUAAUGGUCUUUAUAUAUUGGGUCAUCUAAAAAGUAUUCGCGGUACUUCGUCACUAGAUAUAUGACCAUCAACACACAUCUAGUUAGAUGACCCAAUAUUAGGUCGAGUCAUAAAUAACUUCCGAUACGGCUAGGUAGAAUCUACUCAUCGUAUCUACCCAUUAUAAGUCACCGGGACAAACGAUAACCCCUAAAAUGGAGAGUGAAAAAGUGCAUAUUCGUCAUGUGAUGCUUUGGGAAUUUAAACAAGGCAAUAGUGCUAAGGGGACAGCUGAAAAAAUAUGCAGUGUAUACGGUGAAGGUCUAAUAAGCGAUCGGACAGUUAGACAUUGGUUUGCCAAAUUCCGUUCUGGAGAUACGACUUUAAAGGACGGACCGAGAGCGGGACGUCCUUCCGACCUUGACGAUAAGCUUUUAAAGGCAAUGUUGGAGCAAAAUCCACGUCAAUCAACAAGAGAUAUAGCAGGAAGGUUGAAUACAUCACAAUCAACUGUUUGCCGCCACCUGGAGAAAUUAGGGAAAAUCAGCAAGUUAGGAGUAUGGGUACCUCACAAUCUCAGUGAACGGAAUAAAGAAGAUCGCGAUUCAAGAAAAAAUUCUUGAACUUGAAUGUCCAAACCAACCAUAUUUUACAAAGAAGGAAUUGAUAAGCUGUCAGAAAGAUUGGAGAAGAUCAUACAUAAUAAAUUAAUAUAACUUUGUUAUUUAAUGAAAGCAAAAUAAAUGUCUGAUAAAAAAACGGAAGUUAUUUAUGACUCGACCUAAUAAUAAUAUCUCGUUGAUGUCAAUACUAAAUAAAGUAAUAUAAUUAAUCUAA